GAAGGAAACAUGGCGGACAAAUGAGGAUGUCUCUUGUCAAGGAAGGGAUGUAUAUUGGAACGAGGGCUGAUGCAAGGAAUUUAGCAAAUGCUAGGUUACCGGGCGAUAUAUUAAGGAUCCUGACAGUGGACAUCGAAUCGCUUCAAAUAGAAGAAGACGGAGUUUUAACAAAACAUGUUUCUUGUUUAGACGAGCCUGAAGCAGAUCUUCUAAGUUUCUUUGACGAUUGUUCUGAGUUUAUCACCAGUGGGCUAAAGAACAAGCAAAAUGUUAUUGUGCACUGCCUGGAAGGUGUGUCCCGCAGUGCAACUGUUGUACUGGCACAUGUCAUGAGCUCAAACCAAAUGUCACUGGAUGAGGCAACAGAUUUUAUAAAGAGUGUUUAUCCCAAGGCCAAUCCCAAUGUAGGCUUUCUUGAACAACUUAAACUUUAUGAAGCCAUGGGAAAUACAGUUGAUAAAACCAGUCCUGUGUAUAAACAGUACAGACUGCAAAUGUUGGCCAGUCAGAUACAGAGUCAACAGUUUUCCACGAAAGAUCUUCUGUCCUCCCUAAUUGAUGAACUCAAAGGCAAUACUGCUUCCAGUCACAAGAAAUUUCAAUGUAGAAAAUGCAGGUUGGUGUUGUUUGGUGGUGAUUCAUGUAUUGAGCAUGAACCUGGAAGUGGUCAAAUGUCAUUCAAGCAACAUAAACAGGAUUUCAGUGUCAUGAAAGAUAAUAACAGGAGCAGUGCUCAGUGUACAUCUAUAUUUAUUGAGCCUGUCAGCUGGAUGCUUCCUUUACUUGAAGGAAUAAUUGAAGGAAAGGUUUCUUGUCCCAAGUGUAAUGGAAGACUGGGAUCAUUCAACUGGGCAGGAAUGCAGUGUUCCUGUGGAAAAUGGGUGACUCCAGCAUUUCAAAUUCACAAGAACAGGGUUGAUGAAUCGUGGAAUGUACCACUACCAAAUAAAAACCAGCCUGAACCCAGCUGAUGCUGUCUACAAGAAUAACGGAGCCUGUCGCUUACAGCAGAGAUGUUAAUAAUUUAUUAAGAAUGUGACAUAUCUAUGCCAAUAUGAAAACAUAAGUAAGAAUACUCCCAAAAUUGGUGUUAUUUUCUGAUUAGGUAUGACAAUUGUUUCCAGCCCUGUGAUGUGCUACACAGCCUUGGGUAUAUGAACACUCUUUACAAAACUGAUACAAAUUAUGGAGGAAAUGGUGAAGAAGUUAUAACUAACUGUCCCCUUCAUGCCACGUGGCACAUAGGGUCACAAGAAGAUGUUGCAGUAGACAUUUAUGGCCCUCUGACAACUGAUCAACCAAGUUUAAGAUUCUUUUUUAAAUUUUUAUUGCAUUUUAGAAAAUAAUGCCUAUACAACCUAGUUUAGAUGGUUAAUGCAAUUCAGAGCUAAGUUUUCAUUCAAAAGAACACCAGCUUAUGUAUCAAAUCAGGAUCCUUAACUGAGUCUGUAGACACUACCCUUUUCAAGAAAGAUACCUGGCAGAAGAAUAACAUUGAGCCACUGGUGCUGUUUAACUAACGAUGUUUUUGUAGGAUUGUGCAAUCGUGUCAUGGCUACAGUAUCUAAAUACAUUUAAUGCCUGUUUCUUCUUUGUCAAGCAGUCCCUACUUCAGUGCAUUCUCUUUCACUUGAGAAAAUACAGCAAGAAAAAUACUAAAAUAUGGUCAGUUUCAAGUGUAACAAGGCAAAAACUCCAGAUGGCCUUGCAGGCUAACAAUCUGUAACAUCGAAAUAAACUUAAUAUUAAAAUUAUUGGCCAAUGCA